AUGGGCUCAACAAAGACAAAACGCAAGGAUGCCGGAGAUAAGAGUGCGAAGCGCAAGAGGAGAAAGAAGGCCCGCACUGAAGUUUCCUCUAGUUCCGAGAGCAGCAGUAGCGACAGCGAGAGUGAAAAUGAGGCUGUUAGGGAACCAGUGGAGGGGACUCGAGUUGAGGAAGAAGAGAAGGCAGAAGCUCCCGUGACAGUCGAAGGUUCCGACUCUGACGCAGAAGUUGACGCUGCCGCGAAAUUUUCUAAAAAUGGCAGAAUCCCACCCCAAUUGCAAGACCUCCAUGACUCCCGUGCCGACGAAAAAUUCCAAGAGUACUACAUGACCUACAUCACCCGUGAACACGCCGACGAUCUCGAGACUCUUCGCUCAGCGCCAGACUUCACCGAUCGCUCCUUGCCACUGCUCAUCCGUGCGCUCCGUUCAGGUGUGGACAUCUUCAACAAAGAGGAGAAAGCAACGAUCGUCGGUCUCGCUCAAGAGGGCGAGACCCACUAA